AAAUUUUCUCUACGGAGAAAAAAAAUUAAGCAGGGAGGCCACUGUAAAGUUUUUUACUCUGAGAUGAGAAACCAUUUGAGGGUUCUGUAUGGAGGAGUGAUUAAAUCUGACUUCAAUUUUAGCAGGGUCACUCUUUUAGACUGAAGGGAAGCAAGAACACCAGGGAGAUCAAUUAGGAGGCUCUUGUAAUGAACCUGAUAGAUGAUGGCAUGUAGAAAGGGGUGUGAAGUACUGGAAUUCUGAAUAUAUUUUAAAUGUAACCCUGACAGGAUUUGCUGAUGGAUAAGGAAUGGGAGAGAGGAGUAAAGGGUGACUCCAAGUUUUAUGAAAUAUAUGUCUAUAAAUUGUAUUUAAAAUCCUCUUUUAAAUACAUCAGGAUAGAAUGUUUAUACUUUAUAACCCACUCCUUCUAUCCAGUUUUCUCUGUCCCAGAAAUACCCUAAAAAUCCCACCACUAAAUGUACUGGAAAUCCAAGUGUAAGUAGUCCUGGGAGGAAUAACGCAUUAAAUGUAUUGAUACACCAGCCAUUUCCUUAAAAAACAAACAAACAACAACAAAAUUUUAUUCUUCCAUCUUCUGGACCAUAAGAAACUUGCUUUCCGUGAAAUGCUAUUUGCUGGGCCUUCCUGUUCAUUGUCAUAGGUGAUUGCAUUUUUUGUGAGAUUGUAAAUGUACCACGGAAGUUACAAUUAAUUUAAGAAGAAUGGAAGAAGGCCAAAUAGAAGCCUCAAAUCUUCCAUCAAAAGUCUGGCAUUCUGAGGUGACAGUGUCAGUGACAGGCGAGCCACCCAGUGCUGUAGAAGAAGAAGAAAAAGAAACAGCUGAGGAAGCAGACAGAGAAGUCAUCCCUGAAAUCACAGAGCCAUUCUCCAUUCUAGAUGUGCUGAGGAUUUCCGCAGUUCUGGACGAUACCACAGACCAGCUCUCUAUUCUAAACUAUAUCAUGCCAGUUCAGUAUGAAAGAAGACAAAGUAUCAGCAUGAAGAAAAAUAAGAGCUUAGAAAAACUUUCAGAGACCUCAAGAAUCUCAAAAAUAUCCAGUCCAUUCUUACCUAAAGAAGAAACCAAGUUGCCAGAAAUCCAAAAAGAAAGCCAAUAUACCGACGAGUUUAACAAAAUGCAAGAUCUUGUCUUCAAAACGCCUACAAGACAGACCAUAAUGUCUACGGAAAUACUGAAGAAAAUUCAGAUGGAUAGGCAAUUUUUCAGUGAUAUAAUUACAAAUACCAUGCAGGAGUUGGAAGAGUCAGGCACUUUCACCAGUCUCCUGAAAGCCCUGGGCAAAGAGAGGGAAAACAAAAUGCAUUUCUAUGAUAUCAUUGCCAGGUGCGAGUAA